AUGUUCUGCCAGGUCCCGUACAACGCGGGGAAGAUUCAACAUGGAGACCUGAUCAAAGUGCUAUUCAGGAACGACCGGCUUGGGAUGUGCGGAGCCCUAAAGAUGACCCUCAACAGCCGAUCAGAGAGCCGGACUCUUACAACAAAACAUGUAAGAGCUCCUUCGAAACAGCCAGACGUUGAGAGACAUCCACUGAUCCUUGUCAGUGCUUCCUCCACGUUUGAGCCCCUGGCACUGGGGGCAGUCAAGCCACUGGGAUGGCUUCGGCAACAGAUGGACCUUAUGGCUAAUGGGCUGCCUGGCCACUUGCAUGAAUUCUACCGACUUGUCAAAGAUGCUCCAUGGCUUGGAGGAGACGAAGAGUACUCCGAACUGAACGAAGCAUGGCCAUAUUCUUAUAAUGCACUCGUUCCACUGGCCUGGAUCACGGAUGAUGCACGGCUCAAGCACCACGUUCUGCAGGUCACCAAAUGGAUCAUUGACCAUCAGCACGAUGAUGGCUGGUUGGGCCCAGAGGUCGAUCUCGCUCGUCGCAAUUUCUGGGCCCGGUAUCCUCUGUUCCUCGGGUUCAUGCAACUGGUUGAAGCGGAACCAGAGCUGGGGCAGACGGUGAUUCUACCAGCGAUGCAUCGGUUUGUCAAGCUCAUGCACGAAAUGCUAGCCGACCACCACCAAGGCUACGUCUGGAAGCCUGGCGACGAGUUCGACGAGCAAUGGGGCCGAUCCCGUGCUGCAGACAUGGUUCUCGCCUUGCAAUGGCUCUACGAGAAACACCCAAUGGAUAACGGACGCAUCAUCCAGCAUUGCAUGGUACACAUGUAUGAGAUGGCGUAUGACUGGUCAUACUGGUUCCACGAAGACCACUUCCUCAAAGAAGACCUGGAUCUCGUGCCCGUCAAUGUGACCCAGAAGCUGUUUCCCUACAUUCACGGCGUCAAUGCAGGCCAGGGGCUGAAAUGGCCUGCCGUGAUGCGACGACUUACCCACGACGACAGUCUGCUCAACACGACCAGAAACGGCGUCAACUGGACUUUCCAAUAUCAUGGAACCCCAUCGGGGGCCGUCAUUGGCGAUGAACGCGAAGCAGGACUCAGUCCUGUCCGAGGCACCGAACUGUGCAGCGUGGUGGAAUCCAUCUUCUCCUUGAACUACCUCUAUCAAGCAGUCGGCGACCGCGACUUUGCCGACAAGUCGGAACUAGCAGCAUACAAUGCCCUGCCUGUCAUGUUCAUGCCUCGUUGGUGGGCUCACCAAUAUCUCGCCCAGACAAACCAACCCAUCAGCCACCGAUUGGACAGGUCGCCCUUCUGGAACGUCGGGGCUUUGGGUCAGACGUUUGGCACGGAGCCGCAUUUCCCAUGUUGCACGGUCAACAUGCAAGGAUAUUCCAAGUUUGUGCCGGCAAUGUUUGUCAAAGUGGGUGACGACGGACUCGCACACGCCUUGCUCGGGCCUUCUCAAGUUGACACCACGUUGACGAGGCGCAACCGGGUCCGCAUCCGAUGUGAGACGAACUAUCCGUUCAGCAACCACCUCGACUACGAGAUCAAGGCCGGAUCCAGCUUCCGCUUCUCUUUCAGAGUGCCCUCCUGGGCAGUUCUCGAGCAGAGUGGCCUGUGGGUUGAUUCAGGCAAGGAACAUCCUCUCCAGCCAGAUCAUGUCACCGGCCUGCACACCAUGAUCAUCACCGCGGGACGAACGCGGGUUGAAGUCGUGUUUGGUGCCAGAGUGCGUAUCGAGCCGAGAGCCAACGAUACUAUUUCGAUCUACCACGGUGCUCUCUUGUAUGCCUUGCCCGUCGCGGGAGACUACCGUCCUUCACGUCCAGCCAGGUAUCCUGGCACCUCGGCCCCGCCGGAAGCAAAUGACUGGGAGAUCUUCCCUCGAGAGCCGUGGAACGUGGCAAUUGAUUCCUCGACGCUGAAGUUCUACGAAUAUCCCAACCGGUAUGCUGCGUCGUUGCCGGAUCCGAUCUGGAAUGAAGAAGCCCCUCCUGUCAGUAUUUCAGCCUUGGCCUGCAAGAUCGACUGGCACUUGGAAGACGGAUAUGCUCCUGAACCACCCUUGAUGGGACGACGGAACUGCACGGGGAGAGCAUUCCCCGUGGAAUUGCGUCCUUAUGGCAGUGCGAAGCUGCACAUGGCCGAAUUGCCUACCGUCGAUUUGAGGCCCGGCAGCCCUGAUCUAUGGCGGCCAGGGAGGAGAGAUAUACCUGGGCUGGAUGCUUCAGGAUUAGUUCUUCAAGAACCCUAA